UCUGGAUUAUGAGAGGAGAAGAGUUUAACUCCAGAGUUAACCCAAACACUUGAAGAAACAAAUGGAAUCACUAGCCAAUGAGAGCUUUAGCAUUGAGCUGCAGCAGCUUGAUGCAGCUAGUACUGAUACUGCAAGGAAGGAGAGGACUCAGUGGUUACUGACUUCUCCUAAUCCACCAAGCCUUUGCCAUGAAUUCAUUAAUACAGUAAAAGAAACUGUUUUGCCCCACGGAAAGACCACAAAACAAUCAAGAAAAGGAGCUUUCUUCUCAUUCAUGCAAGGCUUAUUUCCAAUUCUUAAAUGGGGAAGAAAUUAUAAAGCUACAAAGUUCAAGCAUGACUUAAUGGCUGGCUUAACUCUUGCCAGUCUCUGCAUACCUCAGAGUAUUGGAUAUGCUAAUCUUGCAAAACUUGAUCCUCAAUAUGGCUUAUACACAAGUGUUGUUCCACCAUUGAUAUAUGCUAUGAUGGGGAGUUCGCGAGAAAUAGCCAUUGGCCCUGUUGCUGUUGUAUCACUACUGCUUUCUGCUAUGGUUCCCAAACUUGUAGACCCUGCUGUUGAUCCUAUUGCUUACAGGAAUCUUGUAUUCACUGCCACAUUCUUCACCGGUGCAUUUCAGGCUGUUUUUGGUCUAUUCAGGUUGGGAUUUCUAGUGGAUUUUCUUUCACAUGCUGCAAUAGUUGGAUUCAUGGGAGGCGCAGCCAUUGUAAUAGGCCUCCAACAGUUAAAGGGUUUGCUUGGAAUCAACCAUUUCACAACCCAAACUGAUGUGGUGUCUGUUUUGGUAGCUGUUUUCAAAUCAUUCCAUAAUGAGCCAUGGUUUCCUCUGAAUUUUAUACUUGGCUGCUCGUUCCUCGUCUUCAUCCUAAUUACCAGGUUCAUUGGGAAAAGGAACAAGAAAAUGUUCUGGCUACCAGCAAUGGCUCCUCUUGUAUCGGUUAUACUAUCGACUUUGAUAGUUUAUCUAUCCAAAGCUGAUCAACAUGGAGUCAAGAUUGUAAAACACUUCAAAGGGGGUCACCCUCCAAGUUCAGUUCAUCAAUUACAGUUCAAGGAUCCACACAUUGGAGAAGUCGCGAAAAUUGGACUAAUUUGUGCUAUCGUCGCUCUUACUGAAGCCAUUGCUGUAGGCCGAUCUUUCGCUUCAAUCAAAGGCUAUCAUCUUGAUGGAAACAAAGAAAUGACAGCCAUGGGAUGUAUGAACGUUGUGGGAUCUUUAACUUCUUGCUACAUAGCAACUGGUUCAUUUUCAAGAACAGCAGUAAAUUUCAGUGCAGGAUGUGAAACUGUGGUGUCAAACAUAGUUAUGGCAAUCACAGUACUCAUAUCCCUAGAGUUGUUAACUAAGCUAUUGUAUUAUACUCCAUUGGCUAUACUUGCAUCAAUUAUCAUAUCAGCACUUCCAGGAUUAAUUGACAUUAAUGAAGCAUGCCAUAUUUGGAAAGUGGAUAAGACAGACUUCAUUAUUUGCAUUGCUACCUUCUUUGGAGUACUCUUUGGCUCAGUGGAAAUUGGUCUUCUAAUAGCGGUAACUAAAUCAGUCCCUACAUCUAUAUGCCUAAUUUACAGCUUCUUGGCUAGUUAUAUNUACACAUAUUUCGGCUUUCUUACGUUCGAUCGAGAUCGAGUGGCAAGAAAUCAGAGUAGGAUUUUGGGAGUAAGCUCCGAAGGCAGUACAAACGAGCUUCGAAGUCCAAAGACAACUCGAGGAGACGGCUCGAUAAUCCUAUCGAGCCCGAGGCGUUGCUUCGAGGUCGGAAAUGCACCACGCCCGCCACGAAGGUCGAGCUCAAGCCAAGAUCGAAGAGCCGACCCGGUAACGGGUUCGGGCCAGUAUCGAGUUCGGACCAGUAUCGAGUUCGAGCCAGUGUUGAGCUCAUAG